UAGCAGUUCAACUACGACUAUCGCAUAUCCGAAUACGAAUUAUAGUAAGUAAGUAUUUGUAUCUAUUUUUAGCAUUUAUUGUUCCCAACCUCAGUAUCAGUUGCUUCAGAGAAAAGUACUAGAAGUCUCGCAGCUGCGUAUUUCGACUAUGACGGAUGUGCUUCGGCGUCAACACGUAAUCUUAAUCUAUUAAUGAUCUAGAUGUACUAAGUCUAAGAUUACAAAGAUGCCACGCAAAGACGCGGCUCGUUGGCGCAAAAAAACGUCUGAAAGCGAUCCUGCGCAAGCUGACCCAAAUUUCGCGAGUGCAUCUCUAGAAGGUGUUGUGAGACCUCGUCUUGUUGAACAUUCGAGAACGAUUAACGAAGCUAGCACGAACCAUAAUGAUCGCAGCACCAAAUAUCAUGAUGGGCGCCAGUCGCACCAGUCGUUCUGGAGCAUUUCCGAUCAUAAGCAGGUGGGGUCAGAUUAUCCAGCCAGCAGCGCGACAUCUUCCACUUGCCGACCCUCGUCACCUAGACAGGCUUCCUUUUCACCUGCAGCGUCAAGACAGAAUGAUCGGAAGACGACUUCGGGACACGCUUGCUCCUUUACACCUGCUGCGUCAAGACAGAACAAGCAAAACCGGCAGAUGACUGCUUCAAAGCGGUCGUGUGCGGUAGUGUGGCACAAGUGGACCGACUUACGUCUCGACGACCAUGAGCCUGCAGUGCAUGCCCAUCGCAACUUUGCGGAAAUGCUGCAUGUUCACUUGAUCCCCUUAAGAUUCAAGAGUAGGCUGUCACGUCAUCAUAACAUGUCAGGACGUCUCAAAUUCUUGGUCUCUAUACCAUCGGGGUGGGCUUGUUGAUUAUUGAUCAAUAUAUACUAGGUGGUUUGUUCAUUCCUGAAAGUAAAUAUGCAUUUGGUCUUGUUGAUUCUUAAAAUACAAGGUAGCAGGCAAAAUAUGUCAAUAUCACCUGGUAGACGACCACGAUGAACGGGUCUCGUUCAUACCAAUGAGAAAGCAAGAACUUGCCUCAAUCUCCAAUCCCUCCUCAAGAUCAUCUUGAUUUUCAUCCUUCUUGUGUGAACAAUCCGUAUUCAUCUAAGAAAACGCAGUUUAUUGCACUACGAAAGUCGAAGCCGCGAGGCCAAGUUGCCGCGUUGUUCGCCGUUACGCGCCAAGUUUUGGAUGGAAAGUAUACUGGAUUUGGAUGCCCGCUUGCGAGCGGCGAGUUCGGGAAAGCAGUAUUUACAUGUGGAAAUGAUUGACGAUAUUGGAAAGGUCAUGAAAGGCGCGUCGUCCACGACCACAUCCACGAGCACAACAAAAGACAUGAAGUCCGAUAAAGAGCUCCUGAAUCGCGACAAUCAUGGAAAAGGCGUACGGUCAACGUGGAACAUCAAGACGAGUGGCUUUGCAGAUUUUUUCUUAGAAAAGCUUCGACUUGAUCAACAAGGACAACAUGAACAACAUCGAAGGUCAGAUUCAGAACUAGAAGCGAUAAAACCUGCUACAGCUUACCAUAUCGUAACCCAUUCUGAGUUCUGCAAGGAAGAGCUUGAGAUAGAAGCUGAAUUGCGACAACGGUUGUUGUUACAGCUAGAGCCGAACCUGGAGUCAAGUUGGGUGGAGUCUAGCCAGGUGACUAACAUUAAGGCUCAAUGCAAUUCCUUUCCAGCAGUCAUUUCUCACCUGUAGUUCCUUUCGGGGAUGGGUUGGGUUUUUUGGCGUUUCUGUUAGCGUUUUCUUUUGACUCUUCUCAUGGGGAAGUAGACCAUAACAAACGGGGAACAGAAACACCAAGGCUCUACUUCUAAUAGCAUAACCUUCCAGACUUUCUGGGGUGGGCAGACGUUGACUCAUAUCGACGAUCUAGGCCUUAGAGAUGACCCUCUGAAUAUGCCAGAGUUUAAAGGCGAGUUCAACAAGCUUGCGAAAAGCUGUCGACUACGUCAGAGCUGUGGAUUUCCGAUCGGUCGAUUCUCUCUCGAAGACGUUUACGUUGAAAAGCAGAAGAUGGUGGCGACCGAUGUGGAUCUUGAUGAGAGGCCGUAUAACAGGAAGACACCACUGAGCACGCGACAGGAGGGAACGCAGAUGACGCCCAACGCCAAAAAGUCAUGUCUGAAGCCACCGCCACAGGAGUUUGGCUUCCUGUCACGUGCAGACUUUGAGAAACAGAUCUUUGAUCUGUUCGACGAAGCGAUCCUUGGGAAAGACGCUAGACGCAACUAUGCUGAAAAGUUGCUGGGUUUGGACAACACCUUGUUGGCGGUACUCGAUGAAGAGGAAAAUUUGCUGGGUUUGGACAAAGAAGAGGUAGAGGAUAGAGAAGAUUAUAGAGAGCAGCUACUUCAAGAGGUGCUUGGCGAGAGCGCCUGGAAGAUCAUGGGGACUGAUCACAAGACCAAUCCAUACGAGCAUUCAUCGACUGGCUUCGAGCAUCGUUGGUUGGGUGGCGAGACUGCUGCUCGCACUUACCUUACUGACUUUUUUUCGGGGCCUGAGAAAUUGUGGGCGUAUCGUGGAGCAACCGAGUCGUUCGCGCAUGGGGAGGAACAUAAUUUAAGGCGAACGGGAAAUGCUCUUCAAGAAAAUGAUUGAGUGACUUUGUUUCUCAAGCUACAUCGUUACCCAGUUAUCAUUAACCUCGGUCGGCCCUCUAAGUAGUCCGAUAUUCAGCGGUACGCGGCUCUCUCCGUGGCUGGCAUUUGGAAACGUCUCUGCGAGACAGGUUCUUAAACAAGCGCGCGAGUGCGAACGACGUUUCGGGAAGAAAGGGAGUAUGGCUGAAAGCUACUACUUAAUACAUAGUUGUAUGAAAGAAAAGAUGAAGAGCCUGAACUGAGACGGAGGCUGUAAGACCUCAUGAUCGUGGGCUUCUAUGUACAAUACCCUAGACAUUUCUAUUUCUUGAAGAUUUGUACUUAGUCCUUCCUUGUCGAAACUAGAUUCUCGCGAAUUCAUUAAGAGUAGGUUAAAGGUGCUUUUCUUACCGCUUUUUAUGCCUCUCCUAAGGGAGAAAGGCAUAACAAGCGGGGCAAGCGAGCACCAAAAGCCUACCUCUAGACUCACGAUCGUAUCUUCAGCAACUUUAUGCGCCAUUCAUGAUCCGCAGUAAAGGAGGCAAGAACGUCAUCUUCACAAAUUAG